CUCGGCCCUGUGGGCUGCCUCGGCCCUGCCGCCCCUCCGAGCUGGGCUGUGCCGGGCCGGGCCGCCGCGGCCAUGAGCUACGAGCACCGCCGGGACUGGGGCCGCGGGCGCGGCGGCGAUGGCGGCUCGGGCUCCGGCGGCCCCUCGGCGGGCGGGCCCGGCGGGCGCGGCGGGCGCGGGCGGCACCCGAGCCACCUGAAGGGCCGCGAGAUCGGGCUGUGGUACGCGCGGAAACAGGGCCAGAAGAGCCGCGACACCGACCGGCAGCAGAGAGCCGUCGUGCGCAUGGACGAGCGCAGGGAAGAGCAGAUCGUGCAGCUCCUGAAUUCCGUCCAGGCUAAGAACGACAAAGAGCAAGAAUCCAUGUCCUGGUGGUCCGGGGAUGAGGAAAGCCCUACAGAACAGCCUGUGAAGGUGAAACCAGAUGCUGAAAAGGCUCCUGUAAGACGGAGACCGGCCUUGGAAAAAACAUCCCUGGAUCGGGAUGUGGAAUAUCUCUUUGAAAAAAAUGAGCAGGAUACUGAUUUAGAUGAGCAGCUUAAAGAAGACUUAAGGAAAAAGAGAUCUGAUCCCAGAUAUAUUGAAAUGCAGAGGUUUCGAGAGAAACUCCCCUCCUAUGGCAUGAGAGAGGAGCUCGUGAACCUGAUCAACAACAACCGUGUGACUGUGAUCAGUGGGGAGACGGGCUGUGGGAAGACGACCCAGGUGACCCAGUUCAUCCUGGACGACCACAUCGAGCGCGGGAAGGGCUCCACGUGCCGGAUCGUCUGCACCCAGCCCAGGAGGAUCAGUGCCAUCUCCGUGGCUGAGAGGGUGGCUGCUGAGAGGGCAGAGGCCUGUGGCAGUGGCAAGAGCACGGGGUACCAGAUCCGCCUGCAGAGUCGGUUGCCGAGGAAACAAGGUUCAAUUCUGUACUGUACCACGGGAAUUGUCCUCCAGUGGCUCCAGUCGGACAAGCACUUGUCCAGCAUCAGUCAUGUAGUCCUUGAUGAAAUCCAUGAAAGAAAUCUUCAGUCAGAUGUUUUAAUGAGCAUUAUUAAAGAUCUGCUAAAUAUUCGACUGGAUCUGAAAGUCAUACUAAUGAGUGCUACUCUAAAUGCAGAGAAGUUUUCCGAGUACUUUGACCAUUGUCCAAUGAUUCACAUCCCUGGGUUCACUUUCCCGGUGGUGGAAUAUCUGCUGGAAGAUGUAAUUGAGAAGUUGAGGUACAGCCCCGAGAGCACGGAGCGGCGGCCGCGCUGGAAGAGGGGAUUCCUGCAGGGCCACGUGAGCCGGCCCGACAAGGAGGAGAAGGAGGAGAUCUACCGGGAGCGAUGGCCCGAGUACCUCAGGCAGCUCAGGGGCAGGUAUUCAGCAAGCACUAUUGAUGCCCUGGAAAUGAUGGAUGAUGACAAGGUGGACCUUGACCUCAUAGCAGCUCUGAUCAGACACAUCGUGCUGGAAGAGGAGGAUGGUGCAAUUCUGGUGUUUCUGCCAGGCUGGGACAACAUCAGCACUUUGCACGAUCUCUUGAUGUCACAAGUCAUGUUUAAGUCAGAUAGGUUUAUUAUCAUACCUUUGCAUUCACUGAUGCCUACUGUUAACCAGACUCAGGUGUUUAAGAAGACCCCACCAGGAGUAAGGAAAAUCGUGAUUGCAACCAACAUUGCAGAGACCAGCAUCACAAUCGAUGACGUCGUGUUUGUGAUAGAUGGGGGCAAAAUAAAGGAGACUCACUUUGACACCCAGAACAACAUCAGCACCAUGGCAGCAGAGUGGGUGAGCAAAGCCAACGCCAAGCAGAGGAAGGGUCGGGCAGGAAGAGUUCAGCCAGGCCACUGUUACCAUCUGUACAAUGGGCUGCGUGCCAGCCUGCUGGAUGAUUAUCAGUUACCAGAGAUCCUGAGGACACCCUUGGAGGAACUCUGCUUACAAAUCAAGAUCCUGAAGCUUGGUGGAAUUGCCUAUUUUCUGAGCAAACUAAUGGACCCACCAUCUCGUGAUGCUGUCAUGUUGGCCAUAAAUCACCUCAUGGAGCUGAAUGCUCUGGACAGGCAGGAGGAGCUGACUCCCCUGGGUGUCCACCUUGCACGGCUGCCAGUGGAGCCCCACAUUGGGAAGAUGAUCCUCUUUGGGGCCUUGUUCUGCUGCCUGGACCCCGUGCUCACCAUUGCAGCCAGCCUCAGCUUCAAGGACCCCUUUGUCAUCCCUCUGGGCAAAGAGAAAGUUGCAGAUGCAAGAAGAAAGGAGCUGUCAAAGAACACGAAGAGCGACCACCUGACUGUGGUGAAUGCUUUCACUGGCUGGGAAGAGACUCGGCGUCGUGGCUUCAGGACUGAGAAGGACUAUUGCUGGGAGUAUUUCCUGUCCUCCAACACCCUGCAGAUGCUGCACAACAUGAAGGGGCAGUUUGCUGAGCACCUCCUCGCAGCUGGGUUUGUGAGCAGCAGAGACCCCAAGGAUCCCAAAUCUAACACCAACUCGGAUAACGAGAAGCUGCUCAAAGCCGUCAUCUGUGCUGGCCUCUAUCCCAAAGUGGCAAAGAUCCGGCCCAGCUUCAGUAAAAAGAGAAAAAUGGUGAAAGUUUGCACCAAGACAGAUGGAUCAGUUAAUAUUCAUCCCAAAUCAGUUAAUGUGGAGGAAACCGAGUUCCAUUAUAACUGGCUCGUGUACCAUCUGAAGAUGAGGACCAGCAGUAUUUACCUGUAUGACUGUACAGAGGUGUCUCCGUACUGCCUUCUGUUCUUUGGAGGGGAUAUAUCCAUCCAGAAGGAUAAGGACCAGGACACCAUCGCUGUGGAUGAGUGGAUUGUUUUCCAGUCUCCAGCAAGAAUAGCACACUUGGUGAAGAAUCUAAGACAAGAACUUGAUGAUCUUCUACAAGAAAAAAUAGAGAACCCCCACCCCGUGGACUGGAACGACACGAAAUGCAGGGACACAGCCGUGCUGACAGCGAUCAUAGACUUGAUCACCACGCAGGAGAACGAGGGGCUGCGCAACUACGCCCCGCGCUUCCAGGGCGAGCGCUGCAGUUGACACACCGGGGCUGCCCCACGCACACAGCAGAGCCACCUUUUUUAUCAUAGCAUUUCUUUAGCUAGAGGAAACACUUUUCUAGGGUAAGCUGGCGUUUUCCUCAUCCUGAAGAGCAGUUCCUUGGGUAGUUGGCAGUGUCUGUAUAUGCAUGUGUUCUGUGUCCAGUGUAGCUCCUGAAGUGAGGGAAGGGCACUGUUGGGUCAUGUAUGGUUCUUGUCCUGACGUAGCUGUUUUUGUUGGGUUUUUACCCACCAGGUAAGAGAUAUUUGAAAAGCCUGCUAAAAUACUGCUUAGUAAUACCUAAACUGUUCUUGCUGCUGGAGAAACAUCUCAAAAGACUUUUUUUUUUUUUUUUUUAAUUGGGGGUGGUGAGUAAUUACAGUGGCUGUGUUAUUCCAGCUGUGCAGCAGUCUGCUCACCAGCACUUCCACAGAAGGUAAUUACAGCUUAAUUAAUCUAAACUUGAAAACACUUGUUAAAUUUGUACUGUGGGAGGAAACAAUCUUCAGAAAUAUUCUCUUCUUCUGCCUUUCAUCCCAUUCAAUUAAUCUUUAUUCACUUUCUGUCCCCAUCCAACCUCACUACUGACAGAAAUUGCAGCUUACAGGAAGUAUGGUUAGAUAAAAGGCAUGGUGGAAUAUGCUUUAAGGUUCGUUGCAUUCGAGUUUUUGAUUUUUUUUUUUUUUUAAAGUCCAUGUAAGGGUUAUAUUAUUACAUUAAAAGUCUUUUCUUUAAAGUGUUAUUUCAUCUGUUCUUAAUGUUUUGAAUGUUAUUCUGUUUUGAAUGAUUUCCAGCUAUGGAAGAACAUUUGAAUAACAAAGCUUGUUUAGGAUUUUGAGGUUUAUCCUCAAGAAAUGAAGCUCUUGUGUUGCCUUUUAUUUGCCUGCAAAUAUAACUCUUGUCUCUUCUCUGGGGUUUUGGGGACUUUUUUCUGUGCAAAAAUGACUUUGGAUCAUCAAGCUUGGGAGGAUUUAUGGGCUUUAUCCUGAAGAAAACAGCAGAUCAGGUGAAAUUAAUUUUUUUUUUUAACAGAAAUAAGUCGAACUUAGUGACUAGAAGGUGCUUCCCAUUGGGUUAACAAGGGAUGGAGGAUGUCAGGCUCAUUGUUUCCCCCCACAGCUGAAAACAAUGCAUAGUUUAACCUCCCUCCUGCCAACCGUUUUACCCCCAGGUGUUCUAGAUAAUGAAGGAGGGGGAAGAACAUCCUGCCUUAGGGGUUCUGGGUGCACAAGGGAGUUGGAGGGAGAAGUAGCACGGUGGCUGCAGGGAGUGGGGAAGAGCCGGGCCGGGAGGGCUGUGAGGGCUGCGGAAGAGCCGGGCUGUGAGGGCGGCGUGGAAGACAAGCUGCGCCGAGAGCAGGGAAUGAUGGUGCUGCUGGAGGUGAGCCCCGGAAUCAAAGUGGGGGGAAAUAGGGGUUAAAUUACUGAUAAUUGUGUGGACAAGGGAAUGAAAUGAAUUCCAGAGUGUAAUUUCGGUGCUGGGGACAAGGGCUGUCGUGCCGGGGAGGAGGGAGCAAGAUGGCGGCGCAGGGAAGGAGGAGGGAACAAAAUGGCGCCCGGCGCUGAGGGGCAGGGACUACAGCUCAGCAGAGGGUCCCACUGCAGACUGGAUUUAUUGAUGAAAGGUUAGUGGUAAUGCUGUUACUGGCAGUGCUGGAUUAAAAAUUGUGAAAAUACAGGCUGGCACGUGGUACCUGCUUUAUUCUCCUUGUCCGUUGUUUUUGCAGUACUUAAAUGAUGGUUAAAUUUUUAAUUAAUAACAUAAAGAGCAAAAGGAAAUGGUAGCAGAAGCAGAGCCUGGGUGAGAAUGGCAGCGUUGUUUGAAGAAAGGUGCCUGUUCUCUCAAACCCUGCAUUUGGAACGAUCAGGGCCAGGCAGCCCAAGGGCCACCCCAGAAGGGACACGCCUGAGGGGUCACGGGCUGGGGCAGUCACAUCUGUGCUUAGGAAGUGUCUAAUGUCUAAAUAAUGAUGCUGACUGUGCUUGAAACAUAGCUUAACAUCCUUUAGAGUGGAAAGGUAUCAGAAACCUUUGUUCUUUGAGUUUGAGCCUGUUCCAAAUGCCAGGUGAGCUGGUUUGUGCUGGGAUAGUUUUCCUCACUAGUGUGUCUGGUGCUAUGUUUGGAUUUGUGAUGUAAAUACCAUUAUUCCAGGUAUGAAGUUUUGAUAAAAAUCAUUUGCAGACUACAGCAGAUAAAUCCUUGGAUUUCUUCCAUCUUGGUGUCAAAAUUUAUUCUAGAUUUAUUUCCAGCACUUGUGUUCUGUCCACUUGUUUUCCCUACGUGUGUUACUUUAGGAACAGAAAAUACAGGUCCAGAGUGUAGGGGACGUGUGCCUGUGAGUGAUGCUUAGCACAGGCUGCGCUCUGUCAGGGUGUGUAGGUUGACUAAAGUGUGCUAUUUUUACCUUUUUAUUUUCAGCAAAUUAGCUUUGCAUAAUGGGAACAAAUGUACUCCUUGCCAUGGCAGUCAAGAACACUGCAUUACAGCAUGUCUUAAAAGUUCAGCAGAUAAAAAUAUUUAUUAUGUUGUAGGGCUGAUAUAAAAAAGCAGAAAAGAAUAUUUAUAACUGUUCCAUAUUAUGUGUGUCACAAGUAGGAGAUGCUGAGACAGGCUGGAGUCAGGUGGGCACUGGAUUUCUGAGCCCUCAGGAGCCCACAGACACACGUGGGCACCUCAACUUUGAUUCAGGGAACUGAGAGCAUUUUGUUUUUUAAGCAUUUUUUAGUUGCUUAAAACCUGGCUCUAGAAGUCAGAAGGAAGGGGUGCACAUUCCAGGCCUUCCAAAAAUGAGAGUUUUAAUUUUACAGUAACAAACUCCCACCUCUAUUCUGUCACUGCUGGGUGCUUAAUUGAAAACGAGAUACUGGUGUCAAGUCCACCUCUAAUUAAAAAGGAGAUGCAGGAGAGCAUGUGUGUCUGUGCAUGUGCAGAGUGCACAGGGUGUGAAAGUGCUGAGUUUUUUGGAUCACACUCUUUGUAAUUAGAAGUACUCAUCUUUUAGCUCCAACUUGCUCUAAAUUACCUUUUUUUUGCUAAUGAAAAUAUUGUGCAGUUGCUGUAAGGGAAAAAAACCAACCCCAAACCCCUGAGGUUUUGAAAACUUGUUUAUACAAAUGUUUAGAUAAAUUGCUUUUUAUGCCUUAAAUUUCUAAGAUCUCUUUGAGCUAUGCUGGAAUUUAGAGUGCAAGUCCAAGGCAGCAAUAGUAGAGCCAUCACCCUGUGUGCCACCCCCAGGUAAGGUGUGCAUUGUAACUAAUGCCACCUUGAGAAUGUGAUUUAACCCUGGGUCAGCCCUGCAGUGGUUGGACCAGGCGAGUGGUGCAGGUCCCUUCCCCUGAACUGUGGCCAAAUUAUAGAAAGCAGAGGUAACUGAAGGCUCUUUUUCCAUCUCCUGCUUCUCGUUAGUCUCAGCCAUCAGCUGUUCUCCCAGGCCUGUGUUCUACACCAUGGCUUCAAGGCCACACAGGUAAAUUGGAUCUGUGGCAGAUGAAGUAGGACACAGGAUGGUGCUAUUUAUCUUUACAGAACAGGAACAUUUAAAAUGUGACAGCUUCCCAAAGAGUUUUCUUUGACAGGAAUGACAUUAAACAACUGGCAUUUUAAGAAAUGCCAUUAAAAAAAAUUCAAAGCUUUUUUUAGUAAGGAUUUAAAAGCAUUUUAUUGAUUGUUGUCCUAUAAAAUCAUAGAAGUCUUUAAUUCCUGAAGAACUGUGUCCAACGAUAGGAAAAAUGAAAAAUGUCUUUAAAAAAAUUACAGCAUUUUUGGAAAAACUAGGUAUGAAAAAUAUAUACAAGGUAUUAAAAAAAUCUGAAUAAAAUUAAUGCCUGGAUUUAUACAUUCAGUUAUGUGUUAAACAUCUGCCUGUAUACAAUAAAUUUGUUAAAACA